AUGCGCAAGAAUAUUAUUGUAAUAUUUGGUAUAGUCGUGGACAAAAGAACGGACUUAUUGAACAAAGUAUUACAUAACUUAAACAACCUUCUUGAAAUUCAAAUAGGGCGUUGUGAUAUCAAUAAUAUAUAUUUAAUGGAAAAAAAAGGAACUGAUGUCAAUCCCAUCGUGUUGGAGUUUGUUUUAUUUUUAGGAAAGCAAGCAUUAUUUAAAAACUUUAAAAAGAUGAAGGGUACUGGUGUAGCAAUAGCCAACGAGACCUCGUAUGAAGAUAGAAUCAAUAAUAAAGUUCUUACACGUCAUUUUAAACAAGCUAAAGACCAACAACUAUCUGCAAGAAUAAGAGGUUUCUCAUUGGAUGUAGAAAAUAAAUUAUACUCAGUAGAAGAAUUGAAGGAGCUGGAAGAAAAAGUUCUAGUGAAAGUGAGAAAGUAG